UUGGGAUCGCGUCGACAGCCAAAGGAUUGCUACAAAGAUGUUGACAGAAGCGCGCUUCAAAUUCGCCCUCGAAAGCCUGAAGAUGUGCAUAUUGACGGAGCCGAAAAAUAACAUUUUUUUUAGCCCACACCUCGUGUACCACAACCUACUCGUGGUGUACUUUGGGGUUUCCGACGAUGGGGAUGACGAACUGACACUUGAAAAAGCCCUCUAUAUUCCCAGUGACCUUUCUAAAGCCGACGUCGAACAACAAUAUGUUCUUGGAGGAAUCAAGCAGUUUUGUUACGCACUUAAUAAACCCGCAAGCUCCUACACAUGUCGUAUCUUCGGUAGAAUUCUUAUUAGUGAAAAAAGAGAAAUAUUUCUCAGGACAUUGAACUUGUUUGAAACUGAGCAUUUUGCGAAGGAGGUUAAUUUCAAUUAUCGUCCCCAUAUUACGAGGGAUUUCGUAAACAAUUGUGUUGCGGUACUGUCGCAGAGACACAUAAAAGAAAUGCUACCUCCAGACAGUAUCGAUGAAAACACCGACUUAAUCCUGUUCAACGUGAUCUACGUUCAGAGUGAAUUAGACUGCAACUUUGAACUCAACACGACGCCUGACGCCAGUGUUCGCAAGAGAAUCAAAAACAAAAAAACAAAAAAUUCUACGGACACAAAUUUGAAUAAUGGCAAGUCCGAGCGACUAGACGCAUAUAUUACUGAGUUACCUUGCAACGAAAAAAAGAUAUCGACAUUUUUUAUCUACCCAUCGUGUCAUUCGGAAUCCGUCAAAGAUAAAUCUACAGAAAGCGACCGAAUUGCCCAAUUGAUAAAGCGACUGACGACCGAGGAGGGGUCUCGGGAACUUCGCAGGUUGAUGGACGUUGGAUUAGAGCAGCAAACAGAUAUGCGGUUUCCGGUAUUCAAUGUCGAGCUAAGUUUCGAUAUGAAAAGGCUGUUAGACAUGCUGGGUCUUCAGAAAUUCAUGUCGUCCAACAUGGGCGAGUUGCACGAAUUCUCUUCCCACAGCCUCAGUAUUGGUACCGCAAUACAUCGAGUCAAGAUCGAGCUGACGAGGACCAGUCUCACUGCGACCGCUAGCAACGCAUUCAUCACCGACGAUUUAUGCGAAUACAACGCGAUCAACGUGAGUGAUAUAGAAACGCGUUCCUCAUGUAUCUGCCUAAUUUACGACAGACUCUAUCGCAAUAUACUUUUCUGCGGCACUAUAUUGGGAAGCUAACGAAGAAAGUCAAGUCGUAGAGAUGUGUGUACACGCAAAGACAAUACUACGUUUAGUUGUAGCGUAGCGUCAAUUUGUUUUAUAGCGAAACUCUUUUCUGUUAAAAAAAUUCAGCAAUUUUGAUUCUCCAGUAUAAUCAAAAUGACGAAGUUUAUCACUUUUAUCGAUGGUAGGCUGUACCAACUCUGAAGAAAGAAGUGUAUAAAACUGUUAGAAGAAGCAUUUACUAUCAAGUACACCUUACUAGUUUUAUUUAAAAAAAAACUCCGGUGGAAGUAUUUAAGGUAAUGCAAUCUUAGUUA